AUGGUGCUUGAGCUUCACGACCGUAUGAUGGCGUGCGUCACAGAUAGCUGGGCAAUCUUCAAGGCAUUUGCAAUUACCAAUAAAGCGAAAAAGGGCUGCAUACACGCCUUCACCCAUUUCAGCCUCAUGUUUGUAUUAUGCCGAUGGACACCUACGUGAUGAGCGCCUUGGAAUCCGCAUCGUCUUCAGAACCAACGGCCAUCUGCUCAACGACAGGCGUCUACAGCCUUCAACGUAUCUCUCCAUGACUACUGUUCAGGGCCUGCUUUUCCCGGAUGCUUGCGUGCUCAAAACCGUGUCAGAAGCUGACGUGCAGCGAAGCACAAACCCCACCGCCGCAGGAUGUGCCAACUUCGGACUGAUCACCAACACGGGCAAAACGGUGGUCAUGCACCAACCACCGCUGAACGCUGCCUACAAGGCUCCUCUCAGUCACGUCAGUACCUCCGAACUGAAAACCGUGGAGGACUUCGCCUGCCUAGGGAGCACACUCUCACGUUGCAUUGAAAUCGGCGAUGAAGAAGCCCACUGGAUCUCUUUGCCAGCCGAGCCUUCGGCCGGCUGCAGAAAUUAG